AUAGAGGAAAACUUUGUCCGGAAUAUCUUGAAGUAGACAAGAUUGACCGCGUGUAAUGAAGAAAAAAAUAUAUGUAUAUGUAAGGACUUUAAUAAGGCACUGUAUAUAAGUUUUGCCACUCUGAUUUUCGGACAAGCUCGAACGCAAAAGAACGGAGUAGUGUUAAUUGCUUCAUUCGUGCAUGCGGAUGAAACUCGAAUAAUCACGCAAACGUUACGUCCUAUCAUGAUUCGAUCGAGUUUCGUAUUAAUUUUUGUCAUCGCUACUUUGCACGUUACCGUUGGUGAUGACUGCAAAGGAUGUGUGCCCUUGGAUUCGUAUUCGUUCGAUAAGGUUAUUCUCAGAUUUAAGGCAGUGCUUGUUAAAUUCGAUGUCGCAUUUCCUUAUGGUGGUAAGCACGAGCAAUAUGCGACCGUAGCGGCUGAUACCAAAGAUUCACAGGAUCUCCUGAUAGCUACAGUGGGCGUAAAAGACUUUGGUAAUAAGGAUAAUUCCGAUCUAGCGCAACGCUACAACAUUAAGAAGGAUGACUUUCCGGUAGUUUUACUAUUCGUACAGGGCAAAUCUGAACCAAUUAGAUUCAUUCCUGAGAGAGAAUCUGAUUUUACGGGCGAAUACUUGAAGCGAUUUAUCAGAUCUAGAUCAAGAGUGUACUUAGGAUUGCCAGGAUGUGUGGAACGACUAGACAAGUUAGCUGAAGAAUUCAAAACUGUGGGAGAGCAGGACAGGCAGGAAAUACUAAAGAAGGCAAGAAUCUUUGAGGAGACUCUACCGGAAGAGCAACGAGAGGCAGCAAAAAUUUAUGUCAAGACUAUGGAGAAGAUUCUCGAACGGGGAGAUAUAUUUGUACAAACGGAAGAAACGCGGGUACAGGGGCUUCUUUAUAGAGGAAAGUUGUCUGAUCAAAAGAAGCGUACAAUGGAAGAGAGACGAAACAUCUUGCAAUCUUUUUCAGCGAGGGACGAGUUGUAGAGAGUUUAAAU